CCCGGAGAAGGGGGUCCCCUAAGCUUUUCUCGCCCCAUGGUGGAUUUGGACACGGGAAGGUGACUUGGGGAAGGAAGGGGACCGUGCCGGGUCGAGGGCAACCAUGAAUGAGAUGUCAAGUUUCCUGCACAUCGGGGACAUCGUCUCCCUGUACGCCGAAGGCUCCGUCAAUGGCUUCAUCAGCACUUUGGGGCUGGUGGACGAUCGCUGCGUGGUGGAGCCGGCCGCUGGCGACCUGGACAACCCACCCAAGAAGUUUCGAGACUGCCUCUUCAAAGUAUGUCCCAUGAACCGCUACUCGGCCCAGAAGCAGUACUGGAAGGCCAAGCAAACCAAGCAGGACAAGGAGAAGAUCGCAGAUGUGGUGCUGCUGCAGAAACUCCAGCACGCGGCCCAGAUGGAGCAGAAGCAGAACGAAACGGAGAACAAGAAGGUGCAUGGGGACGUGGUGAAAUACGGCAGCGUCAUACAGCUCCUCCACAUGAAGAGCAACAAGUACCUGACGGUGAACAAGCGGCUGCCGGCCCUGCUGGAGAAAAACGCCAUGAGGGUGACGCUGGAUGCCACCGGCAACGAAGGAUCCUGGCUCUUUAUCCAGCCCUUCUGGAAGCUGAGGAGCAAUGGAGAUAACGUAGUCGUGGGAGACAAAGUCAUCCUGAACCCUGUCAACGCCGGGCAGCCGCUGCACGCCAGCAAUUAUGAGCUUGCUGACAACGCCGGCUGCAAGGAGGUGAACUCAGUCAAUUGUAACACCAGCUGGAAAAUCAACCUUUUCAUGCAGUUCCGCGACCACAUGGAGGAAGUGCUGAAAGGGGGGGACGUGGUGAGGCUCUUCCACGCCGAGCAGGAGAAGUUUCUCACCUGUGAUGAGUACAAAGGCAAGCUGCACGUCUUCCUUCGCACCACCCUGCGGCAGUCGGCCACCUCGGCCACCAGCUCCAACGCCCUGUGGGAGGUGGAGGUGGUCCACCAUGACCCAUGCCGAGGAGGAGCCGGGCACUGGAAUGGCUUGUACCGCUUCAAGCACCUUGCCACGGGCAACUACCUGGCAGCAGAGGAAAACCCAAGUUAUAAAGGAGACGUGGCUGAGCCCAAAGCAGCGCCCACGGGGGGCAGCAGCCGUGCCAGCCGCAGGAACACGGGGGAGAAGAUCAAAUACCGGCUGGUGGCCGUGCCCCACGGCAACGACAUCGCCUCCCUCUUCGAGCUGGACCCCACCACGCUGCAGAAGACCGACUCCUUCGUCCCGCGGAACUCCUACGUGAGGCUGCGCCACCUCUGCACCAACACCUGGAUCCAGAGCACCAACGUGCCCAUUGACAUCGAUGAGGAGAGGCCCAUCCGCCUCAUGCUGGGCACGUGCCCCACCAAAGAAGACAAAGAAGCUUUUGCCAUCGUCUCCGUGCCCGUAUCUGAGAUCCGGGACCUGGACUUUGCCAAUGACGCCAGCUCGAUGCUGGCCAACGUGGUGGAGAAGAUGAACGAAGGUUUUCUCAGCCAGAACGACCGGAGGUUUGUCAUCCAGCUCCUGGAGGACUUGGUGUUUUUCGUCAGCGACGUUCCCAACAAUGGCCAGAACGUGCUGGACAUCGUGGUGACCAAGCCCAACCGGGAGCGGCAGAAGCUGAUGCGGGAGCAGAACAUUCUGAAGCAGAUCUUUGGGAUCCUGAAAGCCCCCUUCAAGGACAAGGGCGGGGAAGGGCCCCUGGUGCGGCUGGAGGAGCUGUCGGACCAGAAGAACGCUCCCUACCAGUACAUGUUUCGGCUGUGCUACCGUGUGCUGCGGCACUCCCAGGAGGACUAUCGCAAGAACCAGGAGCACAUUGCCAAGCAGUUUGGCAUGAUGCAGUCCCAAAUUGGCUACGACAUCCUCGCCGAGGACACCAUCACGGCCCUGCUGCACAACAACCGCAAGCUGCUGGAGAAGCACAUCACCAAGACGGAGGUGGAGACCUUCGUCAGCCUGGUGCGCAAGAACCGCGAGCCACGGUUUUUGGACUACCUCUCGGACCUGUGCGUGUCCAACCACAUUGCCAUCCCCGUCACCCAGGAGCUGAUCUGCAAGUGUGUGCUGGACCCAAAGAACAGCGACAUCCUCAUCAAGACGGAGCUGAGGCCAGUGAAGGAGAUGUCCCAGACCCACGAGUACCUGAGCAUCGAGUACUCGGAGGAGGAGGUCUGGCUCACCUGGACGGACAAGAACAACGACCACCAUGAGAAAAGCAUCCGGCAGCUGGCACAGGAGGCCCGGGCUGGGAAUGCCCAUGAUGAGAACGUCCUCAGCUACUACAGGUACCAGCUGAAGCUCUUUGCCCGCAUGUGCCUGGAUCGCCAGUACCUGGCCAUCAAGGAGAUCUCCCAGCAGCUGGGUGUGGACCUGAUCUUCCUCUGCAUGGCAGAUGAGAUGCUGCCCUUCGAUCUCCGGGCGUCCUUCUGCCACCUCAUGUUGCACGUGCACGUAGACAGGGAUCCCCAGGAGCUGGUGAUGCCUGUGAAGUUUGCACGGCUCUGGACUGAGAUCCCCACAGCCAUCACAAUCAAAGAUUAUGACUCCAACCUCAACGUCUCACGUGAUGACAAAAAGAACAAGUUUGCCAGCACCAUGGAGUUCGUGGAGGACUACCUCAACAACGUGGUGAGCGAGGCGGUGCCCUUUGCCAAUGAGGAGAAGAACAAGCUCACCUUUGAGGUCGUCAGCCUUGCCCACAACCUCAUCUACUUCGGCUUCUACAGCUUCAGCGAGCUGCUGCGCCUGACGCGGACACUGCUGGGCAUCAUCGACUGCGUCCAAAACCCCCAGCUGAUGAUGCAGGCGGUCUACAAUGACGAGGUGACGGGGAAGAACGUGAGGAGAUCCAUCCAGGGUGUUGGGCAGAUGAUGUCCACCAUGGUGCUGAGCAGGAAACAGUCCAUCUUCAGCCCCCCGAGCCUCAGCGCCGGAUCUGCCCCAGAGCAGGUGGACAGAGGGAGGAGCGUCGAGAGCGAGAACAUUGUGGUGAUGGAGACCAAGCUGAAGAUUCUGGCAAUCUUGCAGUUCAUCCUGAAUGUGCGGCUGGACUACAGGAUCUCCUACCUGCUUUCUGUCUUCAAGAAGGAGUUUGUGGAGGUCUACCCCAUGCAGGACAGCGCGGCCGAUGGGACGGCUCCAGCCUUUGACUCCACAACCGCAGCCAUGAACCUGGAGCGGAUCGGCGAGCACGCGGAAGCCAUGUUCGGUGUGGGGAAGACGAGCAGCAUGUUAGAGGUGGAUGACGAGGGAGGGAGGAUGUUUCUGCGGGUGCUGAUCCACCUGACGAUGCACGACUACCCACCCCUCAUCUCCGGGUCCCUGCAGCUCCUCUUCAAGCACUUCAGCCAGAGGCAGGAGGUCUUGCACACCUUCAAACAGGUUCAGCUCCUGAUCUCAGCCCAGGAUGUGGAGAAUUACAAGGUGAUCAAGUCAGAGCUGGACAAACUCCGCACUAUGGUGGAGAAAUCGGAGCUCUGGGUGGACAAGAAGGGGAGCAGCAAAGGGGACAGCACCGUGGAGGGGAACAAGAAGGACAAGAAAGAGCAUGCUGCUGACGAAGAGGUCAUUGCUCCGGGAGAGAAGAGCAGUGAGAACUAUCAGAUAGUCAAGGGGAUCCUGGAGCGGCUGAAUAAGAUGUGUGGGGUUGGAGAGCAAGUGCGCAAGAAGCAGCAGCGCCUUCUGAAGAACAUGGAUGCCCACAAAGUGAUGCUGGAUCUGCUGCAGAUCCCUUAUGAGAAGGGUGAUGCCAAGAUGAUGGAGAUCCUGAAAUUCACCCACCAGUUCCUGCAGAAGUUUUGUGCUGGCAACCAGGAAAACCAGGCCCUGCUGCACAAACACCUCAACCUGUUCCUGACCCCCGGGCUCCUGGAGGCUGAGACGAUGCAGCACAUCUUCCUCAACAACUACCAGCUCUGCUCGGAGAUCAACGAGACGGUGCCACAGCACUUCAUCCACUGCGUGGCCACCCACGGCCGUCAUGUCCAGUACCUGGACUUCCUGCACACCAUCAUCAAGGCCGAGGGCAAGUACGUCAAGAAGUGCCAGGACAUGAUCAUGACCGAGCUCACCAAUGCUGGGGACGAUGUGGUGGUUUUCUACAAUGACAAGGCUUCACUGGCCACUCUUCUGGAGAUGAUGACGGCGGCCAGGGAUGGGGUGGAGGAGAACAGCCCACUGAUGUACCACAUCUCGCUGGUGGACCUGCUGGCUGCCUGCGCCGAGGGCAAGAACGUCUACACAGAGAUCAAGUGCACAUCCCUGCUGCCCUUGGAGGACGUGGUGCGGGUGGUGACACAUGAGGAUUGCAUCACGGAGGUGAAGAUGGCCUAUGUGAACUUUGUCAACCACUGCUAUGUGGACACAGAGGUGGAGAUGAAGGAGAUCUACACCAGCAACCACAUCUGGACUCUCUUUGAGAACUUCACCCUGGACAUGGCCCAGAUGUGCAAGAAGCGAGAGAAACGCCUGCCAGACCCUACGCUGGAGAAGUACGUGCUGACGGUGGUGCUUGACACCAUCAAUGCGUUCUUCAGCUCCCCCUUCUCAGAGAACAGCACCUCGCUCCAGACCCACCAGACCAUUGUGGUGCAGCUUCUCCAGUCCACCAUGAGGCUGCUGGAGUGUCCCUGGCUGCAGCAGCAGCACAAGAGCUCGGUGGAAGCCUGCAUCCGCACGCUGGCCAUGGUUGCCAAGAGCCGCUCCAUCGCGCUGCCCAUGGACCUGGACGCCCACGUCAGCUCCCUGCUCAACAGCAGCUCCACCAGCACCGUGCAGAGGAACACGUCCAGCUACAAGACGGCCACACGGACCUUCCCCCGCGUCUCCACCACCCCCAACCAGUGGGACUACAAGAACAUCAUAGAGAAGCUGCAGGACAUCAUCACCGCCCUGGAGGAUCGCUUGAAACCGCUGGUGGAGGCUGAGCUCUCUGUCCUGGUCGAUGUCCUCCACCGGCCAGAGCUGCUCUUCAUGGAGGGGACGGAGGCGUUCCAGCGGUGCGAGAGCGGAGGUUUCCUGUCCAAGCUGGUGCAGCACACCAAGGACCUCAUGGAGACGGAGGAGAAGCUGUGCAUCAAGGUGCUGAGGACACUGCAGCAGAUGCUGGUGAAGAGGAACAGAUACGGCGAGAGGGGCAACCUGCUGCGGAAAAUGCUCCUGAACAAUUACCUGCAGAACAAGAAGUCCAGCUCCAAAGGGGAAAUGGUGGAUGCUGCUGGGGGAGGCCAAGACCAGGACUGGUCUGCUAUCGCUGCUGUCCAGUGCCGGCUGGAUCGAGAAGGGGCCACCAAGCUGGUGGCUGACCUCAUCAUGAACACCAAGAACGAGAAGAUCUUCCAAGAGAGCAUCCUUCUUGCCAUCCGGCUGUUGGAUGGAGGCAACACUGAGAUCCAGAAAUCCUUUUACAACCUCAUGACGAGCGACAAGAAGUCCGAGAAGUUCUUCAAAGUUUUGCACGACAGGAUGAAGAAGGCACAGCAGGAGACCAAGUCCACGGUGUCUGUGAACAUGAGUGACAUCGGGAACAAACCUCGUGAGGACAAGGACGAGCCUGACCCUGGCACCAAAGGACGAGGAGACACCUUCCUGAUGCCUGGCACCCCCUCCCGAUGCCCGAUGGCCAUAGGGUUUCGGAAGGGCCAUGACACGGGGGAGCAGGGUCAGAACAAUGAGAUGGGGGUGACGGUCCUGAUCAUGGAGCCCAUCCUGAGAUUCCUGCAACUGCUCUGUGAGAACCACAACCGGGACCUGCAGAACUUCCUCCGGUGCCAGAACAACAAAACCAACUACAACCUGGUGUGUGAGACGCUGCAGUUCCUUGACAUCAUGUGCGGCAGCACCACGGGGGGGCUGGGGCUGCUGGGGCUCUACAUCAACGAGUACAACGUGGCCCUCAUCACCCAGACCCUGGAGACCCUCACCGAGUACUGCCAAGGGCCCUGCCACGAGAACCAGAGCUGCAUCGUGACCCACGAGUCCAAUGGGAUCGACAUCAUCACAGCCCUCAUCCUCAACGACAUCAGCCCCCUCUGCAAGUACCGGAUGGACCUGGUCCUGCAGCUGAAGGACAAUGCCUCCAAGCUCCUCUUGGCCCUCAUGGAGAGCAGACACGACAGUGAAAACGCCGAGCGGAUCCUCAUCAGCCUCCGCCCACAGGAACUGGUGGAUGUGAUUAAGAAGGCCUAUCUGCAGGAGGAGGAGUGUGAAAACGCUGAGGUUUCCCCCCGGGAAGUUGGCCACAACAUCUAUAUCCUGGCGCUGCAGCUCUCCCGACACAACAAGUCUCUGCAGCAGCUCCUGAAGCCGGUGAAGCGAAUCCAGGAGGAGGAGGAGGAGGGCAUCUCAUCCAUGCUCAGCCUCAACAACAAGCAGCUCACGCAGAUGCUGAAGUCGACGGCCCCGGUCCAGGAAGAAGAGGAGGACCCGCUGGCCUAUUACGAAAAACACACAUCCCAAAUUGAGAUUGUGCGCCUGGACCGGAGCAUGGAGCAGAUAAUCUUCCCGGUGCCUGGCAUCUGCGAGUUCCUCACCAAGGAGACCAAGUACAGGCUCUUCACCACCACGGAGCAGGACGAGCAGGGCAGCAAAGUCAGUGAUUUCUUCGACCAGUCGUCCUUCCUCCACAACGAGAUGGAAUGGCAGAAGAAACUGCGCACCAAGAGCCGCUCCAUCGCGCUGCCCAUGGACCUGGACGCCCACGUCAGCUCCCUGCUCAACAGCAGCUCCACCAGCACCGUGCAGAGGAACACGUCCAGCUACAAGACGGCCACACGGACCUUCCCCCGCGUCUCCACCACCCCCAACCAGUGGGACUACAAGAACAUCAUAGAGAAGCUGCAGGACAUCAUCACCGCCCUGGAGGAUCGCUUGAAACCGCUGGUGGAGGCUGAGCUCUCUGUCCUGGUCGAUGUCCUCCACCGGCCAGAGCUGCUCUUCAUGGAGGGGACGGAGGCGUUCCAGCGGUGCGAGAGCGGAGGUUUCCUGUCCAAGCUGGUGCAGCACACCAAGGACCUCAUGGAGACGGAGGAGAAGCUGUGCAUCAAGGUGCUGAGGACACUGCAGCAGAUGCUGGUGAAGAGGAACAGAUACGGCGAGAGGGGCAACCUGCUGCGGAAAAUGCUCCUGAACAAUUACCUGCAGAACAAGAAGUCCAGCUCCAAAGGGGAAAUGGUGGAUGCUGCUGGGGGAGGCCAAGACCAGGACUGGUCUGCUAUCGCUGCUGUCCAGUGCCGGCUGGAUCGAGAAGGGGCCACCAAGCUGGUGGCUGACCUCAUCAUGAACACCAAGAACGAGAAGAUCUUCCAAGAGAGCAUCCUGCUGGCCAUCCGGCUGUUGGAUGGAGGCAACACUGAGAUCCAGAAAUCCUUUUACAACCUCAUGACGAGCGACAAGAAGUCCGAGAAGUUCUUCAAAGUUUUGCACGACAGGAUGAAGAAGGCACAGCAGGAGACCAAGUCCACGGUGUCUGUGAACAUGAGUGACAUCGGGAACAAACCUCGUGAGGACAAGGACGAGCCUGACCCUGGCACCAAAGGUAUGGAGCUGUGUCCCCUUGGUAGAGCCAACGUCUCGUGUGAUAACCCGAUGCUAACGAGGUUGGAUUGCCCUCUAGGACGAGGAGACACCUUCCUGAUGCCUGGCACCCCCUCCCGAUGCCCGAUGGCCAUAGGGUUUCGGAAGGGCCAUGACACGGGGGAGCAGGGUCAGAACAAUGAGAUGGGGGUGACGGUCCUGAUCAUGGAGCCCAUCCUGAGAUUCCUGCAACUGCUCUGUGAGAACCACAACCGGGACCUGCAGAACUUCCUCCGGUGCCAGAACAACAAAACCAACUACAACCUGGUGUGUGAGACGCUGCAGUUCCUUGACAUCAUGUGCGGCAGCACCACGGGGGGGCUGGGGCUGCUGGGGCUCUACAUCAACGAGUACAACGUGGCCCUCAUCACCCAGACCCUGGAGACCCUCACCGAGUACUGCCAAGGGCCCUGCCACGAGAACCAGAGCUGCAUCGUGACCCACGAGUCCAAUGGGAUCGACAUCAUCACAGCCCUCAUCCUCAACGACAUCAGCCCCCUCUGCAAGUACCGGAUGGACCUGGUCCUGCAGCUGAAGGACAAUGCCUCCAAGCUCCUCUUGGCCCUCAUGGAGAGCAGACACGACAGUGAAAACGCCGAGCGGAUCCUCAUCAGCCUCCGCCCACAGGAACUGGUGGAUGUGAUUAAGAAGGCCUAUCUGCAGGAGGAGGAGUGUGAAAACGCUGAGGUUUCCCCCCGGGAAGUUGGCCACAACAUCUAUAUCCUGGCGCUGCAGCUCUCCCGACACAACAAGUCUCUGCAGCAGCUCCUGAAGCCGGUGAAGCGAAUCCAGGAGGAGGAGGAGGAGGGCAUCUCAUCCAUGCUCAGCCUCAACAACAAGCAGCUCACGCAGAUGCUGAAGUCAACGGCCCCAGUCCAGGAAGAAGAGGAGGACCCGCUGGCCUAUUACGAAAAACACACAUCCCAAAUUGAGAUUGUGCGCCUGGACCGGAGCAUGGAGCAGAUAAUCUUCCCGGUGCCUGGCAUCUGCGAGUUCCUCACCAAGGAGACCAAGUACAGGCUCUUCACCACCACGGAGCAGGACGAGCAGGGCAGCAAAGUCAGUGAUUUCUUCGACCAGUCGUCCUUCCUCCACAACGAGAUGGAAUGGCAGAAGAAACUGCGCACCUUUGCUCCACAGAACUUCCUCCGGUGCCAGAACAACAAAACCAACUACAACCUGGUGUGUGAGACGCUGCAGUUCCUUGACAUCAUGUGCGGCAGCACCACGGGGGGGCUGGGGCUGCUGGGGCUCUACAUCAACGAGUACAACGUGGCCCUCAUCACCCAGACCCUGGAGACCCUCACCGAGUACUGCCAAGGGCCCUGCCACGAGAACCAGAGCUGCAUCGUGACCCACGAGUCCAAUGGGAUCGACAUCAUCACAGCCCUCAUCCUCAACGACAUCAGCCCCCUCUGCAAGUACCGGAUGGACCUGGUCCUGCAGCUGAAGGACAAUGCCUCCAAGCUCCUCUUGGCCCUCAUGGAGAGCAGACACGACAGUGAAAACGCCGAGCGGAUCCUCAUCAGCCUCCGCCCACAGGAACUGGUGGAUGUGAUUAAGAAGGCCUAUCUGCAGGAGGAGGAGUGUGAAAACGCUGAGGUUUCCCCCCGGGAAGUUGGCCACAACAUCUAUAUCCUGGCGCUGCAGCUCUCCCGACACAACAAGUCUCUGCAGCAGCUCCUGAAGCCGGUGAAGCGAAUCCAGGAGGAGGAGGAGGAGGGCAUCUCAUCCAUGCUCAGCCUCAACAACAAGCAGCUCACGCAGAUGCUGAAGUCAACGGCCCCAGUCCAGGAAGAAGAGGAGGACCCGCUGGCCUAUUACGAAAAACACACAUCCCAAAUUGAGAUUGUGCGCCUGGACCGGAGCAUGGAGCAGAUAAUCUUCCCGGUGCCUGGCAUCUGCGAGUUCCUCACCAAGGAGACCAAGUACAGGCUCUUCACCACCACGGAGCAGGACGAGCAGGGCAGCAAAGUCAGUGAUUUCUUCGACCAGUCGUCCUUCCUCCACAACGAGAUGGAAUGGCAGAAGAAACUGCGCAGCAUGCCGCUGAUGUACUGGUUCUCCCGCAGAAUGACUCUCUGGGGAAGCAUUUCCUUCAACCUGGCUGUCUUCAUCAACAUAAUCAUUGCUUUCUUCUACCCCUACGUUGAAGCCACUUCCAUGGGAGUGCUGGAUUCCCCCCUGAUCUCCCUGCUCUUCUGGAUUCUCAUCUGCUUCUCCAUCAUGGCCUUGUUCACGAAGCGCUACGGUGUCAGACCGCUGCUGGUGGCGCUGAUCUUGCGAUCCAUCUAUUACUUGGGGAUUGGACUCACUCUGAAUAUUCUGGGAGCUCUCAAUCUGACCAACAAGAUCGUGUUUGUGGUGAGCUUCGUGGGCAACCGUGGCACCUUCAUCCGAGGCUACAAGGCCAUGAUCAUGGAUGUGGAGUUUCUUUACCAUGUUGGCUACAUCCUGACGAGCGUCCUGGGACUCUUUGUGCACGAACUCUUCUACAGCAUCCUGCUCUUUGACUUGAUCUACCGUGAGGAGACCUUGUUUAAUGUCAUCAAAAGCGUGACGCGGAACGGACGCUCCAUCCUGCUGACAGCCCUCCUAGCCCUCAUCCUCGUCUACCUCUUCUCCAUCGUGGGCUUCCUGUUCCUGAAGGAUGACUUCAUCCUGGAGGUGGACCGGCUGCCGGACAGCAAAGCCAAAGAUGACCCCUUGGGGAUGCAGAGGAACGUAGAGACCUUCAUGGAGUCGUGCAGCAGUGACAAAAUUAGCUGCUCUGCUGCGCCCACUGCCCUGGAAGAAACAGAGGCUGACCCAUGGGAACGUGCCUGCGACACGCUGCUCAUGUGCAUCGUCACCGUCUUGAACCACGGCCUGAGGAACGGAGGGGGUGUGGGGGACAUUCUGCGGAAGCCAUCGAAGGACGAGUCCUUGUUUCCUGCUCGGGUUGUCUACGACCUCCUCUUCUUCUUUAUUGUCAUUAUUAUCGUUCUUAACCUCAUCUUCGGGGUCAUCAUUGACACCUUCGCUGAUCUGAGGAGCGAGAAGCAAAAGAAGGAAGAGAUACUGAAGACGACCUGCUUCAUCUGUGGACUCGAGAGGGACAAGUUUGACAACAAGACGGUGUCCUUCGAGGAGCACAUUAAAUAUGAGCACAACAUGUGGAACUACCUGUACUUCAUAGUGCUGGUGCGGGUGAAGAACAAGACGGACUACACGGGGCCGGAGAGCUACGUGGCACAGAUGAUAAAGAAUAAGAACCUGGACUGGUUCCCCCGGAUGCGAGCCAUGUCGCUGGUCAGCAACGAAGGGGAAGGGGAACAGAACGAGAUCCGAAAUCUUCAAGACAAACUCAACACCACCAUGAAGCUGGUGUCCCAUCUCACCUCCCAGCUGAACGAGCUGAAGGAACAGAUGACAGAGCAACGGAAGCGCAGACAAAGGAUGGGGUUUGUGGAUGUCCAGAACUCCAUGAACCACUAAGAUGGAGAAGAAGCAUCAGCUUCACCCACCGAGGGACUACACGUACGUGUCAGCUAACGAGGCUGCUCACUCCUGGGUUCCACGCGUGGACAUCACCCGCAGAGAACGACGGACCAUGCGGAAGAGCUUCACAGUCACCAUUUUCCCUAGAGCUUGUAAGCAAUUCCGGACCCAGGGACUGGCCAGGGGAUUCCUGGACCCACACCGUUACUCUAACGCCCUUGUAGGAAGAUAAAUUAUACAGGACUUUUAUUCCUCAUUGCAAUAACUCUUUAUUUUGCAAAUGUGGAGGGUGGUAUCUGUAUCUCCAUGCACUACGUUGAGGUGUAGUGUAAGUAGCUGUAGGGCUGCAGUAUUUAACUUAUUCCAUGUGGCUCUUUGCAAACCAGCCACCGUAUCUGCUGUACCUGCCCCGUUGCUCACCCCUCUCCAUUUAAAGAGUUCUGUCCAUCGCUGAGGUGCAGAAAAGAGGAGCUAAACUCAAGGAGGUGGAUUUAAUUGAACUCACCAGAUGAGGGUGAGCAUCCCAGCUCGUACUGGUGGGAACUAGUCUUUUGCCUUCUGUGGCCCGAGGCUGCCCGGGCAGGAGUAGUAGGAGUCUGGAGGUUUACAGGAGUUCACUGUGAAGGGGUGUCCUGUGUUUUAGUUUCAUCUCUGGUGUAAUGUUUUACUUUUUUUUUGUGUGUGUAUGUUUGUUAUUGUUGUUACUUAAGAACUAAAAUGUAAAUUGCCUUAACUAAAUUAAAUACAAAAUCAUGUUACAAUAAAAACUUAAACAUGGUAGAGGAA